AUGAACGGCCAAAAUACCAUUGUCUAUGUUAGAGUGAAAGGGAAAAGACCAGUUGGAUUUGUGGAUCCCCCGGAAUUUAAUUGGAAUCAGGACAAAGAAAAGGCACUUUGGAGUAUUAUUUCUAAGUUGGAUGAUCGUAAAAGUGAGAUUAAUUGGCAAGAACUGUCGGAUACAUUAGAUGCACCUGAUUAUUUCCUUAAGAAAAGAAGUUACAAGUUGUUUAGAAAACACUUAGAACUUUUACAAAAACAAAUAGAAAGAAAAGGAUUAAAAAAUCAGGAAAGUAAUGAAACAUUGAAGCAAUUACAUAGCUAUGUAUCAACAUUGGAUAAAACAUUACUUAUGGGGAAAGGAACUGGCUCAGAAAUCUCAAACAAGGAAGAUGAAAAAACGCCUGAUAGUAUCAGAGGGAAGGAAAAGGUUGAGGAUUUUGGUCAAAAUCGUGACACUGAAGAAGUUACAGCACUAGCAUUGGAACAAUUACAAACAUCGAAAAUUAUUAAUUAUAAAAAUAAAAAGAAAUCUAAAUCAAACACAUCUCCUGAUUCUGAUAGCGAGUUAUCUUCAAGUCUUGAUGUCAGCAAAUCCGCAUUGGAGGAGGCGUUGAUGGAUAGAUUACAUUUCUGA